AUGGCUUGCUAUGAAUGCGGCUUGUCGGAAAUCUCUUCCUAUUCUGGCCGGCUGUGUGGCGAUGAGCACAUGGAGACCUGGAUUAUUGCACUCUUGCAGCACGCAACAACUGCAGAUCUGCAAGGCUCUCAAGGCGGCAGUCAUGUUAUUGUACCGGAACCACAACGAACAGCCAACGCAGCCACACUUCGACGUAGGGGUGCAUACAAGAAAAAUCUUUGA